AUGCUCCUGGCACUGGGGCUCCUCUUUGCUGCCCUGUCCUUGGGAAGAUGCAUCCCCCUGCAGCAGGGGCCCAACCGCAGCAAACUCCUCCUGGUGUCCUUCGACGGCUUUCGCUGGAACUACGACCAGGACGUGGACACCCCCAACCUGGACACGAUGGCUGCGGACGGGGUGAAGGCCAAGUACAUGACCCCUGCCUUCGUCACCCUCACCAGCCCCUGCCACUUCACGCUGCUGACCGGGCGGUACCUGGAGAACCACGGGGUGAUCCAUAACAUGUGGUUUGACACCAAAACUGGGAUCAGACUGCCCUACUACACCACACAAGGCAUAAGCAGCUGGUGGGACAACGGCAGCCUCCCCAUCUGGAUCACUGCCCAGAGACAGGGUUUGAAGACAGGCUCUAUCCACUUCCCCGGAACCAAAGCGAAAUACCAAAAGGAAGAAGUGUACAAGAAGUUGGUGGAACCCCCGUUGUUCAACUACAGCAACGAAACCAACUGGAAGCAGAGCAUCAACACCGCCAUGGAAUGGUUCACAGCGGAGAACCUCGACUUCAUCACGCUCUACUUUGGGGAGCCAGACUCCACUGGACACAAGUUUGGCCCUGAAUCCACGCAGAGGAAAAACAUGAUCAAGCAGGUGGACAGAACCAUCGGGUACUUGAGGCAGCGUAUCCGGGAAAGCGGCCUGGAAUCCAACCUCAACCUCAUCAUCACAUCUGACCACGGCAUGGAGACCGUCAUAAAAACCAACGAGAUUCACAUCCGGACCUUCAGCAACUUCACAUUCAAAGACCUUGACUUUGAACUCUUAGAUUAUGGACCAAAUGGACUCCUGGUGCCAAAAGAAGGGAAACUGGAGCACGUGUACUCAGUCCUGAAAAAUGCCCACCCAAAACUGCACGUUUACAGGAAGGAAGAGUUUCCAAAGAGAUUCCACUACGCCAACCAUUCCCGGAUCACCCCUCUCCUGUUGUACAGCGAUCCAGGCUAUGUGAUCCAUGGGAGGUACAAGGUCCAGUUCAAUAAAGGGGAACACGGCUUCGACAACCAGGCCAUGAACAUGAAAACCAUCUUCCGUGCCGUGGGACCCUCCUUCAAGAAGGGGCUGGUGGUGGAGCCCUUUGAUAGCGUCAACGUCUACGCCCUCCUCUGCGAGCUGCUGGGCAUCACCCCCGAGCCUCACGACGGCUCUCUGGAGGUCACCAAGCCCAUGCUGCGUGAAUCCACAGACAACGAGGGCAAUGAGGGCAACGGUGAGCGGCGGGAGCCAUGGGGGGCAGCGGGAGGGGCAGCAGGCACCGGCUGUGACAGCGGGCACCAGGAACAGACACCAGAGGUGGCAGUGAGGACCGGGAUAGCCCCGGGAGCGCACUGGGAGCUCACCGGGACGGCACCGGGAGCGCUGAUGGGCACCGGGAUAGCCCCGGGAUCGCUCCGGGAUGGCCCCGGGAUCGCCCCGGGAUCGCUCCGGGAUCUCUCCGGCAUCGCUCCGGGAUAG